UUGUUCCUCUGGCUUAUAGUUCAUCAUGGCCACUGGACUUAACAUGACAAAGCCGAUCUGUUUGGUGGAGAAUAAGGAAAAUCAGCUGAUGGUAAAUCCUGAAGCUCUGGAGAUUCUUGAAAAGAUAUCUCAGCCUGUGGUGGUUGUGGCCAUUGCAGGACAGUAUCAAACAGGAAAAUCCUACCUGAUGAACCACUUGGCAGGACAGAACCAUGGUUUUCGUUUGGGCUACACAAUAAAAGGUGAAACCAGGGGCAUCUGGAUGUGGUGUGUGCCCCACCCCUCCAGGCCAGACCACACGCUGGUUCUUCUAGACACAGAGGGCCUGGGGGAUGUGCAAAGGGGCAACUCUGUGAAUGACUCCUGGAUCUUCACACUGACUGUGCUUCUCAGCAGUGUGUUUAUCUACAACAGCAUGAACUUUAUCAACCUCCAGGCCCUGGAGCAACUGCAUUAUGUGACUGAACUAUCAGAGCUAAUCAAGACAAAAUCCUCUCCUAGCUCUGGCAAAGUCAUGGACUCAGCAGAGUUUGUGAGUUUCUUUCCAGACUUUGUUUGGAUUGUACGGGAUUUCAAGGUGAAAUUAGAAUUAAAUGGACAUACCAUUACAGAAGAUGAGUACCUGGAGCAUGCUUUGAAGUUGAGUUCAGAUGAAAGUAAACUAAUACAGCAUUCAAACACAACUAAAGAGUGUAUCCGGAGUUUUAUCCCCAAGAGGAAAUGCUUUACCUUUAGCCAACCAACAAAGGAUGAUGAAUUAUUACUCAGUCUUCACAAAGUAUCAACAAACGAACUGGAAUUAAAUUUUCAAGAGCAAUCUAAAAAAUUCUGUUCAUAUAUCUUUACACAUUCAAAGACCAAGACCCUAAGAGAGGGAGUAAUUGCCACUGGAAACAGACUGGGGACUCUGCUCAAGUCCUACAUAAACGUCAUUGACAGUGGAGGAGUACCCUGCUUGGAAAAUGCAAUGAUAACUCUGGCCCAGCAUGAGAACUCCAUCGCUGUGCAGAAAGCAGACCACCACUACAGUGAGCAGAUGGCGAGGCAAAUAACAUUCCCCACAGACACUCUCCAGGAGCUGUUAGAUGUGCACACAGACUGUGAGAGGGAAGCCAUUGCAGUCUUCAUGGAACACUCCUGGGACGACCAACAGGAGUUCCAGAAGAAACUUGCGCAUACCAUGGAGCAAAAGAUGGAGAACUUCCGUCUGCAAAAUGAAGAGGCAUCUAUGAAAUACUGUGAAGAAGAGCUCAGAAAACUUGCACAGUCCUUGCAGGAAUGUAUUUCAAGUGGAAUUUUCUUUGUGCCUGGAGGACACGCCCUUUACUUAGAAGCAAAGAGAAAAAUUGAAGAGGACUAUGAGCUGCUGCCCAGGAAAGGAGCUAAGGAAAAGGAAGUUUUACAGAAGUUCCUGGAGUCUCAGGCAGUAAUAGAGAAAGCCAUUCUAAAGGCAGACAAAGCACUCAGUGAUGGGGAGAAGGCCAUAGCAGUGGAAUGUACCCAACUCAACACAGAGAAGAAUGAAAAUGAGAUGCUAAGACAAAAGCUAAAGGAGAAGGAGCAGAUAAGCAUGGCUCAGUUAAACUGUUAUCAGAAAAAUUUGGCCCAACUGAAAAAAAGGAUGGAAAGGCAAUAUCACAACCAACUUGAAGAGAAAAAAAUGAUGCUAAUGCAUAAGAGAAAGCUCCUGAAAGAACUGCCUGAGGAAGGAUUUCCAGAGAAAUCUGAAAAGGUUAAAGAAGAAAUAAGAAUAAUAGAA